GACCGCUCGAAGUCCUCGUGGACAGCCAUCUCCUUGAAAUGCUGCCUUAUCUCACCCAGCAGUGGACCUUCAAUGUUUAGUAAAUUUUUAUUACUAAGACUCCAUUUUAAUUGGGAUACAAAAUCUAUUUACAACAGCUACUAUCUGAAAUUGCCACAGAAACUGACAUAAAAAAUUUGAAAGUAAGAAGAAAAGAACAUAGCAUAGGGGACCGGAUAAUUUUCCUGAAAAUAUUGGGCCCUACAAAGAAUAUGGACUGAAGCUGAAUCUGGAAGAACAAGAAAUGGAGGUGCUGAUGAGAGAGCCAAAUAUACUGGGUUUGAUAAAGACAACAAAGUCUCCACCCAGGCAAGCACUCCAGAAUCAUGUUAUUUUGAGGUUACUGAGCCAGUGAACAAAUACUCUGAUAAAAAUAGUCAGAUAAGUAUUUACCACUUAACUACUACCACAAUGCCUUUCUUCAGUGGUCGUUGUUAUAGCACAGCCAGACUGGUUGGAAAAACGGUUGUAAUAACUGGCUGUAAUACGGGUAUUGGAAAAGAAACAGCGAUGGACUUUUACAAAAGAGGUGCGAAAAUAAUAAUGGCAUGUCGUAGUUUAGAGAGGGCAGAAGAAGCAAAGAAAGACAUCGAGAAUAAAUGCAAGGAUUUACCAGAUACCGGUAAAUUAGUUGUGGUGAAGUGUGAUCUGAUGUCAUUGAAAUCUGUACGAGAAUGUGCACAGAAUAUUUUAGCAGCAGAACCACAGAUCAAUAUUCUAGUCAACAACGCAGGAAUAAUGAUGUGCCCUAAAGGAAAGACUGAAGACGGUUUCGAUAUUCAAUUUGGAACCAAUCAUUUGGCACAUUUUCUAUUUACAAUGCUUCUUUUACCGCGUAUUAUUAGAAGUAAACCAGCUCGGAUUGUUACCGUUUCAUCAAAAGCACACACUAGAAGAGGAUUGAAUUUAGACGACUUAAAUUACGACACCCGAACAUAUAGUGCUGUUGAAGCCUAUUGUCGCAGUAAACUUGCUAACGUAUUGUUUUCAAAAGAAUUAGCUGCUAAAUUGAAGGAACACCAAAUCGAAGAUGUGAACACAUACAGUCUGCACCCCGGGGUAAUAAAGACAGAGUUGGGGCGCCAUCUAAACGACACAAUAUUUCCGUAUGCGCGACAGAUCUUUGGCGCGCUUGCUGGCCCAUUUACAAAAUCGCCGGAGCUGGGCGCACAAACCACAAUAUAUUGCGCAGUUGACGAGAAGUGUGCCAAUGAGACUGGCUUGUAUUACAGCGAUUGCCAGGUGACGAGUCCUUCACAAAUGGCUCAGAGCGAUGAGAACGCCAAAAAGUUGUGGGAGCUUUCGCAAAAGUUGGUCGGGCUCGACUUCGAUCCGUUCCGAGAGGCCUAGGACCUAGCUGCACUGCACAUUUGUGUAAUUAUUAAUAUUUAGGUAUUAUUUUGCAGUUGGUGAACGAGUAUUGUACUUAGUAUAUUUAAUAUAAAUACAAAUUAUAAUAAUAUAUAACUUGUAAAAAAGUACGCCUUUUGAAUAUGGAAUCCUUAUCAAAGCAUUACAUUGUCAUAGUUAAUCACCGUAGGUGUACAGACAUUUAAAUGAGAAUACACGGAAAAAAAUGUGAAAAAAUAUAAUUUAUUUAAUAUGUA